UCUCCCCACACUCUCGAUGUCGUCUCUCGAAAUAGGUUCGGCCAGAGUCGGCGACGUCCUCGUCGUUUCGGCGGCCGAUAACGACGAUGUUUCCCCCAUCGAAGAAGUACGUCUUACAGUUUCUAAUGACGACGACACGACACUCCCCGUUUGGACAUUCCGAAUGUGGUUCAUCGGACUCCUCUCUUGUGUUCUCCUUUCUUUCCUCAAUACGUUUUUCAGUUACCGGUCGGAGCCACUCCAGGUUACCAUGAUAUCCAUACAGGUGGCGUCGCUCCCUGUGGGAAAGUUUAUGGCGAGAGUGCUACCAACCACCAAGUUUAAGAUCCCCGUGGUAAACAAGGAGUUUACGCUGAACCCUGGUCCGUUUAACGUAAAAGAACAUGUGUUGAUCUCUAUUUUUGCUAAUGCUGGGGCUGCGUUUGGUGGCGGGACGGCUUAUGCUAUCAGUAUCGUGGAUAUUAUCCGGGCUUUUUAUCAUAGGAAGAUCGGUUUCUUAGCUAGUUGGAUUUUAGUCAUCACCACACAGGUUUUGGGGUAUGGAUGGGCGGGGAUUAUGAGGAGGUUCGUGGUCGAACCUGCGGAAAUGUGGUGGCCAAGUAGCCUGGUUCAGGUUUCUCUUUUCAGGGCCAUGCACGAGAAAGACAAUAGCCGCAAGUCCCGAGGGAAAUUCUUCUUGAUUGCACUUAUUUGCAGCUUCUCCUGGUACGUGUUUCCAGGCUACUUGUUCCCCACAUUGUCAGCCAUUUCUUGGGUGUGCUGGGCAUUUCCCAAGUCCGUAACAGCCCAGCAGAUCGGAUCGGGAAUGCAAGGGAUCGGCAUCGGAUCGUUUGCAGUCGACUGGUCGGUCAUUGCUUCCUUCCUCGGCAGCCCUCUGGUGACCCCUUUCUUCGCAAUUGUUAAUAUCUUUGUAGGCUUUGCGUUAUUCUUGUAUGUCGUACUUCCGACUGCCUACUGGGGACUUGACCUUUACCAAGCUCGCAACUUCCCUAUUUUCUCCUCACAUUUGUUUAAUCACAAGGGGGAACCAUACAACGUAUCAGGCAUUGUAAACCAGAAUUUCGAAAUCGAUAUGCCGGCAUAUGAGCAGCAGGGACUUGUAAACUUGAGCGUCUUCUUUUCUCUCACUUAUGGCAUUGGCUUUGCUGCCAUUAUAUCUACUCUUUCACACGUAGCUGUGUUUAAUGGAAAGGAGAUACAUACACAACUGAAAGCUUCUUUCAAGGGAAAAGAAGAUAUUCAUACAAGGUUAAUGAAGAAGUAUAAGAGCAUACCGAACUGGUGGUUUUACCUGUUGCUCGGGUUGACAUUGCUGCUUUCUCUUGCGUUAUGUGUUUUUAUGAAACGUGACAUCCAAAUGCCUUGGUGGGGACUUAUCUUUGCAGCUGCCAUUGCUUUAGCUUUCACUCUUCCUGUUAGCAUCAUAACUGCCACUACAAAUCAGUCACCAGGACUGAAUAUCAUCACUGAGUACAUCAUGGGUUACAUUUUACCAGGAAAACCAAUAGCCAAUGUUUGCUUCAAAACCUACGGAUAUAUAAGCAUGGCACAGGCAGUUUCCUUUCUUAACGAUUUCAAGCUCGGCCAUUACAUGAAGAUUCCACCAAGAUCGAUGUUUGUAGUCCAGAGCAUUGGGACUGUGAUAGCUGGAACAGUGAACCUUGCAGUGGCAUGGUGGCUGCUGACCACAGUUGAGAACAUAUGCCAGGAUCACCUACUUCCUCCCAACAGUCCAUGGACAUGUCCCGGUGACCGAGUCUUCUUCGAUGCAUCGGUUAUCUGGGGUCUUGUCGGACCGAAAAGGAUCUUCGGUCCCCUCGGGAACUACUCUGCUCUCAACUGGUUCUUUCUUGGAGGUGCCGUGGGGCCUGUAGUGGUAUGGCUAUUCCACAAAGCUUUCCCUAACCAGAAAUGGAUCCCACUGAUCAAUCUUCCAGUGCUCUUGGGAGCAACAGCUGCGAUGCCACCAGCCACAUCAUUGAACUUCAAUUGCUGGCUUAUAAUUGGAUUCAUCUUCAAUUACUAUGUUUUCAAGUACCGAAAAGGUUGGUGGCAGAGAUACAAUUAUGUUCUCUCUGCAGCACUUGAUGCUGGGUUGGCUUUCAUGGGAGUGCUCUUAUAUUUCACAUUGACAAUGCACGGAAUUAGCAUAUCUUGGUGGGGAAGUGAUGGCGAGCACUGCGAUCUAGCUUCUUGUCCAACAGCAAAAGGCAUAGUUGUAGAUGGUUGUCCAGUUUUUUAGAUUCAUUUCAAUUCAACAUCAAAUAAUUUAGGCUUCAAGAACUCUACAUUUUUAUAAUUAGCACAUUCUCUAGAAGAAAAAGAAAAAAAUAGUAUUUGUUUAAAUGUUUUAAAUAUAGUCAUUUUAUAUUA